AUGACAAAACUCACUGAUGAUGCCGACUACGAUGCCGGCGGAAUGAUUGAAAAUGUACCAAGUCCACUGUCUGAUGCUGUGAAUCAUGACAACUACUAUGGCAGACGACUUCAGACUAGGUGCGUUCUACAUAGUCACCAUGACAACAAGACCAAGUUGCGACAACGAGGUCAACCCACUUUUUCCUAUCCUUCCUGCAGAAAUUCACAAAUAUUUUCUGGUUGCAUAAUGUGA